ACAUGGUAUUGCGCGUUGUGAUUAUGGAAAUGGGGGUGUGAGAUUAGUAUUUUCUUACCAAAUAGCUGAAGACGAAAGCCGCCCUUAUUCUCGAGCCGGGCUCCGGCGAGGCGAGUGGCGCUGAAAGCGUUUGCAAUCGAGUGCGCGCACUUGUUGAUUUUGGCUCCUUUCAUUUUCAUUGGCUUGGCUUUCUUCAAAUUUUCCUCACCGAAGAAGAUAUGAGGAGUCUGGUGUCUACUGCACAAGCAUUGUCUUAAUUGCGCUGAUAGAUUCUAUGAAAUGCUCUGAUUUAAUUGAAGUUUCACGGGAAGUACUGCACGCACUAGAUGGCGGACUAUUGUGUUCUACCAUCCUGUGCUAAGUUGCAACUGCGGAGGAUUAUGCCAAGAGGAAAUCUUCCCAUGACUAGCAAUUUUAGUGCGAGGAAUCGACAGAGGGAGUGCCUUAUCUUUGUUAAGAGUCUUCAUACAUCAUGUUUUUCAUUUUCAAGAUUUAGGGUUGUGCAAGCUCCCUUUCUUAUUUGUGCAAAUGAAAGCCGUGGCUUGAAUGAGAAUUUCUCAAAGUGUUAUUGCUGGGGAAUGCUUUUUGACCCCGAGAAUGCAGCACCGUCAAAUUUGGCUUCUGCCAUGGAUGAAUUGCUUCUGAUGGUUAGUGUUAUUUUGGCAUACAUGGCUGGCGCAGUACCACAGAGGAAGAAACUUGACUUUAUGAGUCACCACACAAAAGAUAACCCGGGUUCUUCAUCCCCCACAACUCAUGGUAGGUCUGAAAGAAGUGAGAGCUUGACUAGUUUGAAGACAAAUGCUAUAUGGCAUGAAGUGAACGGGAAACUUCUUGAUGCUUUGGAAGCUACUGGUAAUGGUGCUAAUUUGGAUGAUUUGGCUGCUGGUAUUACAGAUUUUAGUCGCAAAGAUGCUUUAAGUCUCUUUGCCCUCAAUCAUGGUUCCACGUGGAGAUUGCUUUGGUCUACUUUAAUGAGGCUGCAAAAAGAGGUUAGUGAUAUUCAUUCAUCUCGUGAAGCUUUUAAUGGAGGUGCCUGGCUAGCGGGGGUAUCAGAAAUCUUUAAAGAAAUAGUUAUACAAAUAUUAUUCAAAUGGUUGGAACAGGAACUUUCUUUGGGUGCUGCUGGCUACAAUAUGAAAUUCUCUCAGAAUCCUGUUAUCCAGCUGACUGAGAAACUGAAGGGAAAUGAUGUGAUACUAAACAAUAUAAAGAGAUCAGGGAAGACUGAAAUAUAUGCAGAUCUGAUUUUCUUCCUCAAAUUCGAUUCUCUCAGCAGGUCUGGAUGCUGUUUUGACAAAAACUUUCUUGUUGAACAUGGAGUUGAAGUUUUAGAGGAUCUGGUGAUAACAUUGGCUGAUGCAGUUGCUUCCAUAUACCUGGAGCUUAUUUCUGUUGACAGUGACUUAUCAAUUGAAAUAAAUUCAUUGGGCUCACGGAUAUGCCCCCUUUCUACCCGAGCACUUCAGAGAUUACGCAACGAGGUUUUGUUGAAACAAUGGCUACAACAGAACUUUGAAUCAGUUGUCUCUUUGUAUGAGGACCGCUUUGAGUUAUUUGUCUUGAGCAGGCUAAAGAUGGGCGAAGAACUCGAGAACCAAACUAAAACAUCUAUUUGGAAAAAACUUGCCUUUAGCAAGCGAGCAAUAUCGUCCGCAUCGAAUUGUGUUCAGAUCAAAACAAUUUCUUUGACUGUGAAACGUACCAAAGAGCUACAAGCUUUGACUGGAUGUCUUGGUUGCAGGAGAUACUAUUUCAGCUUGUUUUUGGAAUUCUCUGAUGUUGCGAUGCCAUUGGUGAAAGCUGUUUUUGAAAAGGCAAGGAGUGCAGUAUCUUUCUUUCUUAUGUGCAUGAUUGGUAGGUCUUUAGGACUUGUUUUCUCUGGGAUAAGGCAGUCUUUGGGUUGGAAAUAAAGUCUUUUUUUUUUAUUCAAAAUUUUUGCACAGCUUAUUGUAGCGCAUCAAAUUUCUUUGUAGAUUGGGAAAGUGAUUCAUAAAUCGUCUCAAGUUCUUUUUUUAAACAAGGCUACUUGGUUAUGAAUUUUUGCAAGACAACUGCCAAAUUCAUUCUUGUAAUUCUACAG